AAUAUUUCUAUUAUAUUGACUAUCAAUACAACAAAAGCCAUACAUUUUGACAUCAAUUGGACACUAAUUAGACAUUAAUUAGACAUCAAUUAGACAUUAAUUAGACAUCAAUUAGACAUCAAUUAGACAUCAAUUAGACAUCAAUUAGACAUCAAUUAUGGCCGAUCUUAAAUCGGAGAACGAAGAGAACGAGACAAAUGGUGAAGAAGACGAUGAAGACUUGUCUACCAAUGAUGACAACCAACACGUGUCGGACAAUAGUGACAAUCAGUCGAUGUCGGUGUCAAACGUGGGUCGAAAACCAUUGCACGGAAUGCCUUGCAGUCUCAAGACGUUAGUCAACGAUAAAAUACUUGAGCCUAAAGACGGAUCCCUUUCUAUUGAUUAUAUGGGUGCAAAAUUUAUGGCAGACCUAUUGCCUAACGGAACCAUUAGAUUACAAGAAACUAAACAAGUAUUUAUGAGUCCGUCUUCGUGGGUGAAUCACUGCCGAAAGUUGGUCAACGGUGACGCCAAACUGGGCAGUGCCUGGUCUACCAUAAGAUAUAUGGGCAAACGUCUCGACUCUUAUAAGCUUCGGUGGUAUAGAAAGCAAAAGAAAAUAACGGGAAGUAAUUCAUCAGAUUUUCCCGUCGAUACAAAACCAGGAAUAUCAGGCAUUUCGUGCUCUAAGAGUGUUCAAGUAAUUAGUGAUUAUUCAGAGAUCGAAAAGUGUGGAAAUAAAACUUUAAAAGAUGUUAAUGUUGUCGAACAUCGAGUUUUGGGCAAUCGUUCCGACUCUUUAAAGAUGAAUGUUAUGGUUAAGUGUCAACCAUUUGCAGCAAUGGAUCGGAUCCAACCCUUCACUAUAACAAUAUCGACAAAUGCUUUACUUUUAAUUGACUUUCAUUGCCAUCUCAUAAACACUGAAGUCGUCGGUUAUCUGGCCGGCAGUUGGGAUGUGGCCACACAUAAUCUGGCGAUACUUCAGGCCUUUCCCUGUAGAAGUAAACUCACGGACAGAGAGAACGCAGCGCUCGUUGAGGAAGAGAUCAAACAAGCGAUGGAAAGAAGACAUUUGAAUUUGAUUGGUUGGUACCACAGUCAUCCGAAAGCUGUUCCCCAACCAACCAUUAAAGACAUUGAAAGUCAAAUAGAGUAUCAAAUUGCUAUGAAAGGAGAGAGUGAUUCUUCAUAUACUCCAUGUGUUGGACUUAUAUGUUCACCAUUUUAUGAGUAUAACGAUGGACUGUCGGCCACAUUCCAGGUGUAUUGGGUUAUGCCUCCACCCGAAACCCGACCCAAUGAAUACGGCAAACCAAUGCAAAUGACUUAUACAAUAUCAAGAGAUUCAUUUCUUACACAAGACUUAUUGUUAGAAAUGAGACUUUUGGCUCAUUUUUACGCCGUGUCUAAAGGUUUUAUUGAUUUCAAUAAGGAUUACAAAAAUGAAAACACAAUUUGGCAGAAACUGCAGAUAUCAUUAAAGUCGAAACUACCUCGUGAUCUAUUAGACAUUGAGGGUCAGUCAGCAUCUCAAGCACAGGUCCAACAGCAAGCAUUGUCUCACUUUUGGGCUUUUAUUAAAGGACUUCUCAUGCCUUAAUUGCGGUCCAAGAGUUUUAUUAAUAAAUAAUUAAAUUCAUACUUAAUUUACACAAUAACUUAAACAUUUUUUUAUUGCAAUUGUCAAUCAUUGAUCAUUACAUAUAUAAUCAUUAUUUAUUGCUAUUUACAUAUAUUUACUUUUGAUUUUCAGAUUUACGGUCAAAUACUUAAUUUAUUUUAUGUAAGCAAUCGAUUACUUCAUUAUCUACCAUAUAUGGUAUAUAAACAAUGUUUAUUAGCAAAUAUUGACUUUAAUUUAAAUUUAAAUGAUUUUAUUUAUUAAUC